UGCAUAGUACUGCUUCUCUGGAAGAAUGUCUUCUGUGUAAAACCCUAACAAAAUUUUUGGCGUCGACCAUGAAGCGAGUGUGGAGAUUCUCUUCACACGCAACCGGUGUUCAGUUGUUACUCUUCCAAUCCCACUUCAGUGGAUUCUCCAAACCCAAACACAUUCCCUCCUUCUCCACCGUGCUAUCUUAUCGCCAGCUCAACACGGUGUCAGACUCGUUCUCUCACCUCAUUCCAUUGUUCACCGUCAAUGCUUGUUCUUCAACUUCAACCAAAGAGGAUCUCAUCAACAACGUCACUAUUCUUAGGAAUGAACUAAUUCGGGAUUCCUCCGACCAUGUUCAGGUUCAAAGCAUUUUGGACUAUAAGUAUGACGAUCUCAGUAGCCGCUACCCCAAGGGAUAUGUGUUCUUGGAACUUAUGUAUCAAUUGAAAUCAAAUUCUUCUCUUGCUCUUAAGGUGUUUAACUGGAGAAGGAAAAGAUGUAGUGCUGAAAACCCUAUGGAUACGAAUGAGUACUCAAAGGGUAUAAUAGCUGCAGGUAGAUCUGGGAAUAUUCAUUUUGCUAUUAAGCUCUUUAAGGAGGCUGCUACCAAAGGUGUCAAGACGACUAGCACUUACAAUGCGCUAAUGAGUGCCUUCUCGGUCAAUGGUCUUGCUGAUUGCUGUCAGUCCUUGUUUUGUGAUCUGAAGAGGGAUUCAACUUGCGAUCCUUCUAUUGUCACAUACAACAUUCUCAUAUCUAGUUUUGGUAGCUUGAUGCUGGUUGAUCACAUGGAAGCAACAUUCCGUGAGAUUCGAAAGUUAGACCUUGCCAUGAAUAUCAGCACUUAUAAUAACUUAAUUGUUGGAUAUAUCACAGCUUGGAUGUGGGAUGAUAUGGAAAAGGUGUUUCAAAUGUUGAAGUCGAGCCCUGUCCAGCCUAACAUGAAAACCUACCUGCUAAUGCUUCGUGGGUAUGCAAAUUCAGGUAACCUGGAAAAGAUGGAAGAUACGUACUCCAUUGUAAGGGAUCAUGUAAAUGAACAUGAAAUUUCAUUAAUCAGAAGUAUGAUAUGUGCCCAUUAUAGAAGUUCUGAAGCAGAUAAACUUAAGAAGAUAGAGUUGCUAUUGAAGUUUAUUCCAGAAGAGGAGUACAAACCAUGGUUAAAUGUGUUGAUGAUUAAACUCUAUGCCAAGGAAGACUUGUUAGAGAAGAUGGAGAAUGCUAUAAAUAAGGCAUUUGAACAUGGACCAUCUAUUAGAAGCAUGGGUAUCUUGAGAUGCAUUGCUGCAACUUAUUAUCGGUGCAAUGCUGUAGAAAAGCUAGAAAAUUUUGUGAGACGUGCUGAAAUCUCUGGGUGGAGUACCUGCCGCUCCUUAUAUCAUUGUAAACUGGUCAUGUAUGGGUCACAGAAGCCCUUACAUGAAUUGUAUCGUGUCCUUGAGGGGAUGGAAAAUGCCAAACUUGCUUGUACGAAGAAAACAUUAUGGAUAAUGCACAAAGCUUACAGCAACCGUGGCCAGAGUCCCAUGGUUUUGAAAACACUGGGGCUAAUGUUCAAACAUGGUUACGAAUUUCCUUUGGACGCAAUUCCAUCAUAAAGAUCUACCAUUCAAGUUGUAUCUGGAACAUUUUCCAGAGUUUGCCCUCUCUCUCAAAGCUGAGUCCAAAAUGGUGAAUUGUUUUUUUGUAAACAAGAAUAAAUUAUUGUAAACGAUUCUGUUCAAGGGGAAACUACAUUAUUUAUAUGAUGAAAAUAGCUCAAAUGCCAACAUAAAAUUUAAAUGGCUGUCAAAUGAUUUAAAUUACCUGGGAAUUAGAGGGUUAAGAAGUAUGAAUGGAUUUUUUCCCUCCCUUUGAGAUGGCUCAACUAACCCUCUUAUUGCAGGCCACAUUGCAUUUUACUCUGGGAAAGAAAACGUAGUACACAUAGAUGCUACUGAAAUGCUGAAGUACACAUUGAUGUUACUGAAAUGCUGAAAUUGCUCCACAGACAAAUUGAUUCUAUAAUUGUUUUGGAAGAUAUAUUGGUUAUGGCUGAAGAGAUCAAAGCACAAGAUAGACAGGAGUUUUUGACCUUUUGGUUCCACCUGCAAAGGAGAGUGUUGGAAUGAAAUUCAUUGCUUUUUGACCCCACGGUUACUUUCAACAAUUAAUACAGCACCACCCGAAACCUAAGGCAACAGGUCUGCCCUAUUUUGCGAAGGGUGUCUAAGGUGUGGCAAAUAAUCAAGGUUUUGGAGUUUGAAACCAGGGCUGCCUCUAAAAGUCUACUAAUACCAGUUUAUUGCGCACAUUUACAUUGGAUACAUCUUAGCUUCUAGUCAACAUCAUGUGGUAAGUUAAAAAAGUAAAUUUCUUCCAAUUUUCUUUGAUGUCAGUUAGAACCAUUUUUAUCGUCAUGUACUGGUUAUUUCUGAUGAAUUGACUUGGUAUGAUUAUUUUUUAAUAUUGAAUUUAAAUAGCCUUAGUGGUGAUG